CUUCCUUUUAGAAACCCCGCCGGCGCCUCCCCCGCCUAUGGCCGUCGACGCCGAGGAAGCCCUCGUAGAGCUCCUCUCUGAGGUUGAAAGCCUCCACCGCUCACAUUCCUCUGCCCCUCUCUCCGACUCCUCCCUCCAUCCCCUCAUCUCUGGCGAUGUCGGCGACCGCCUUUGGGACCUUCUUGCAACCCGCAACCUCCCUCCGGCUGCGAUACUCCGUCCUCUUUCAUCCUCCAUGGACGCCGGCUCCCUUCCGGCUUCCCUUGCCUACCUCUCUCUCCUCCUUCUUCCCUCCUCUCCGCUCUCCUCCCUCUUCUCCCCACUCCCCCUCCUCUCCCUUCUCCGCUCUCUGCGCCUCUCCUUCAAGCCCCAAUCCGAUCCCCCUUCCAAUCCCCGCAAGCGCAAAAGCUCCUCCAGAUCUCAAAAGUGCUACCUCGAUCCCCCUGCCCUUUUCAUCCGGGUCCUCGAAUCCCUCGAAUCGGUUCUUUCCCGCGUCCGCCUCGAUUCCACCACCGAUGGCCGGAGAUCCCUUAUAGAGACACUGGCUGGAAUACUUACCGCCGCCCAACAUGGUCAACACCACAAGGUCCAGGACCAAUGCUUCCGGAUUCUCUAUGAGGUGAUUUCUCGGCCGGAGCACGGGGAUCAGUCAACAUCGAUGGUCGAGGUAUUGAGGUCGUUGGCUCCCAUCAUCCUCUCGCCAUUGAAAACCCCAUCUCGAGGAUUGGCUUUGGGGUUUGUGACCAGAAAGGUGGCGCCUUUGAGUAGGGAAACUGAUAAGAUUAGGAAGGCUCUGAUGUACUUGCCGAGGUAUCUCGCAAUGAAGUCUCCGGAGAAGUCGGAACCGAGGGGCUUUGCUGUUGAUGCGAUAAUGGAGGUUGUGAAGGCGAUGGAGGAUGAGGACCGGAUCAGUUUUGCAGAGUUCGUAGUGAAGAUGGGUUUGGGGAAGUCGCACCUCAGGUUAUUAGCUGUUGAUCUUUUCCCACAUCUAUUGACGUUGUUCCCCGAUUCCAUGGAAAUUGAGGAUGAUUGGGUAAUGAAGUGUUUGGAGGCAUUGGUGAGCCGGUGUUCAGAUUCUAUAGGAGCAAUUCGAGCACGGGCAUUGACCAACAUGGCACAUGUGAUUGGUGUGUUCUCCAUGGAUGCCAAUAAGCUUGACAGAUUGAAGGAAGUGGUGGCUUUCCAGAAUUUGGGUUUCGCGGAGCUGCUUAGGAGGAGGUGCGUGGAUGAGAAAGCUGCUGUGAGGAAGGCUGCAUUGCUUUUGAUAACAAAGUCUACAGCUUUGAUGACCAGGCCAGUUGAUGAUGUAAUUCUUAGGACAAUGGGGAUAGCCUGUUCUGAUCCUCUUGUGAGCAUUCGCAAAGCUGCUGUCUCAGCUCUCUCCGAGGUUUUCAGAAGGUUUCCAGACAGUAGAGUGAUUGAUGAAUGGCUUCAUACGGUGCCACGGAUGAUUGUGGACAACGAAUCAAGCAUCCAAGAGGAAUGCGAGAAUUUGUUUCUUGAACUCGUAUUUGACUGUAUUUCUAGAGUAACGAAGAUGAGCUUGACUGAUGAUACAAUGGACAUAAAAUCACUUGUUCCCAAAUUGGUAUUGAAUUUGUUAAGUGGCGUGUGUGAUGGAGAGAUUGCGCCUUGUAUAACGAAGAUAUGUGCAAGCCUUGGAAAGAAGAAAAAGCUGAAGGGAUCGAUUGCUAUUUCCCUUCAGCACUUAAUUUCAUCAUCUGAGACCUUGUGGUUAAGAAAUUCCAUGCCCAUAGAGAAGUGGACAGCCCCUGCUGGAGCUUGGCAACUUCUCUCUGAGGUAUCUCUGUUCACACCUAAGUCAGUUAACUGGGAGUUUCUCCAUCAUCAUUGGCAGCUCUUUGACAAGGCUAAUCUGAAAGAACAAAGUGAAGUAUCUGAUGGAGUGGAAGCAAACUCUGCUUCAUGGGCAGGAGAUCGUGUCUACCUCCUGCAAACCAUUUCCAAUGUAUCAAUGGAGCUGCCUCCUGAGCCUGCUGCUGAUCUUGCUCACAACUUGCUUAAAAGGAUCGAGGAUUUUAAUAUGAAUUUUAGUGAAGUUGAUGCUCAUGUAAAGGCUCUCAAGACUCUGUGCAAACAGAAAGCCACAGAUCCGAAGGAGAGUGAAAUCCUCAUACUGAAGUGGGUGCGCCAGCUGCUAUCAAAAGCUUUAAAGAUUAUCAAGAGCUACAUUUCAGAGUUUUCAGAUUCAUCCAAAGCCAACAGCUUUCGAACACCCCCUCAAACUCGGAGUGGGAGGACUAAAGGCAAGAAAGAAACAGCAUUACCGAAGUCUCUGCAACAGGCUGUGGUUGCAGUCUUCUCUGUUGGUUCGUUGAUUUUGGUUUGCCCAUCUGCUGAUCUGCAGGGUGUCAUCCCGUUGUUGCACACAAUUGUAACUUCCAGUAGUUCAGAAGCAAAGCCAAAAAAGCUUGCUGGCUUGACAGUUUUAUUAAAGGAGAAGGCCCCUUCCUUGUAUACACAAUCCUGGGUGACAUUGGGAAAAAUCUGUCUCGUGGAUGGCAAAUUAGCAAAACUCUAUAUUCCUCUAUUUGUGCAGGAAUUGGAGAGAAGUGACUGUGCAGCCCUUCGGAAUAAUAUUAUGGUGGUUAUGGCAGAUUUCUGUGUUCGGUACACUGCGUUAGUUGAUUGUUAUAUCCCUAGGAUUACUGCUUCAUUGCGUGACCCUUGUGAAGUUGUUAGGAGGCAAACUUUUAUCCUAUUGUCAAGACUAUUACAGAGAGACUAUGUGAAAUGGAGAGGUGUAUUGUUCCUUCGGUUUCUCUUGUCUCUAGUUGAUGAAUCUGAGAAAAUCAGGCAUCUUGCUGAUUUCCUCUUUGGAAGCAUCCUGAAGGUUAAGGCCCCACUGCUUGCUUAUAACAGUUUCGUGGAGGCUAUUUUUGUUCUAAACAACUGCCAGGCCCAUGGCUGUCAAAGUGAGAUUCAGAACGAAAUCGGUAAACAGAAAGGGCCUAAAGUUUUCUCAAUAAGAGGCAAUGAUGAGAAGUCAAGGUCGCAACGGAUGCACAUCUAUGUGUCCUUGUUAAAACAGAUGGCUCCAGAGCACCUUUUGGCCACCUCGGCCAAGUUAUGUGCAGAGAUACUGGCAUCAGCCUCUGAUGGUAUGCUCAAUAUUGAUGAUGUCCCCGGACAAUGUGUGCUGCAGGAUGCCCUGCAAAUUUUAGCUUGCAAAGAAAUGCGUCUUCAUUCCAACAAAAGCCAUGACACGACAGACAUGGAUGAUGAAUCCGGUGAUGCUGGAGCAAAUCUUCUUGCAGCCAGAGGUAGGGUGGUCACCCAAGUAGCCAAGAAGAACCUGAUCCAGAUUGCGGUGCCCAUCUUCAUCGAACUCAAACGAUUGUUCCAAAACAAGAACAGCCCCCUCACAGGUUGCCUAAUGGACUGUCUUCGAGUUCUUCUCAAGGACUACAAGAACGAAUUCGAUGAGAUUCUUGUCGCUGACAAGCAGCUCCAGAAGGAACUCAUCUAUGACAUACAAAAACAUGAAACUGCAAAGGCGAAAUCCAUGGUUGCCGAUGCUGUUGCUACUGCAAAAAGGUCCAAGAACCAUCAAACACUGAUAAACCAAGCUACUCCAGCUACUACAAUUUAUUCUAAAGUUUCAAAGAAACCCGGGAGUGGAGCAAAGAUAGCAUCAGCAAUGGCAGAUGAAGCAGCCAAAGUGACUGCUAGAUCAGUGCUUGAGGAAGUUAACAGGAAUGCAGCUACUCCACCUUUGAAAAGCAUGAGCAUUCCCAGACUCAAGUCUAACAACAAUGGCAAUGCUGGAUUAGCAAGAGGAGAUAGAUCAUCAGAAGUGCUUGAAUCUCUAAGAAGGAGACAGUCUUUUGAUUCUGAUGUUGAGGAUUGAUAGUGUUGUUAUUCAUUGUUUGUGUUAUUAUAAAAAUAAUUACUUGUUUGUAAUUUUCUAAACAGGUGCACAUAUUUGUUGGGAAAUUUCUAAAAAAAUAAUUAUUUA